AUGCCGGAGCCGACGACACAUCCGUUGAUGCCGAGGGCCGACUGUCCAGCCAGCAUGUUCCAGUGCCCGGCGUCGUUGGGUGCUGCCUUCAGUGAUGUCUGCUGUUCGGAUGGUCAGACCUGUGCUCUCGAUCACAACAACAGUCCGGCCUGCUGCCCCUCAGGUGCUGUCUGUACUGGGGCAGCGCCAACAGGACAGCCCUCUGUGACCCAGGCAGUGUCCUAUGUGCCGAAUUCAUACUUCUCGUUCCCCUACGCCAUGACUACAUUCGACAAUAGUGCCGAUUGUAGGUCAGCCGUAGUAGCUUGUUCAGAGAAUUACGACCUGUGCACGUCCAACCUUGGAGGUGACGGCGGCAGCGGGUAUGGUGUGACCGUUGAUGUCCCUGGCGGUGGUGGCGUGACUGUGGGCGCCUCAGCUACCGACCUGGGCGCCUCAGCUACAUCUGUCUGCUCGAGCCUGAGCUCUGAAGCAUGCUCCCCUCUGGCCGCCACUGACUGCUCAAUCUUUGGCGAGGGGGCUGCCGUAAGCUCCAUGGACCUGUUCAUGGCAGUGCGGACAUCUUUCGUCCUUGCCAUUUCCGUGGCUCUUGUCCUCGGCUGA